AUGAUGAUGGCCAACAAGAAGCAGAAGACGGCAACGGCGGCGGCGGAAUUGCCGCUUCCGGAGGACAUCAUGGUCGACAUCGUGGCGCGGAUGCCGGUGAAGUCGAUCCUACGGUUCAAAUCCGCGUCGAAGGAGUUGGGGGCGAUGGUCACGGCGCCGCAUUUCAUCACCACCCACCUCCGUUACGCUACGUUUAACAAUAAAUCCGCCGUCACGGCUCCCAGCAGCUACAAGAGAGUAACCGGCGGGACGUUGCCAGCCUCCGUCACCACCCACCACUGUGCUGCUCGGAAUUCCGUUUCGACGGAGUAUGAUGGCGGCGUCGUCUAUCGAUCGUUCCAGGGAUGA